AUGGAGUCCCCACUUAGCCUCCCGUGUCCGGCGUUCGAGGGUUUUGAGAAACGCCUCGACGUGGAGUUCACCUGGAAGAAGGCCAUCCUGACUGAGCUCAAGUGUAAGGGUCUCCGUUCCGCCUCUCGCGCGGCUCUGGAUGCCAUGCUCGACGACGCUCAGUGCACCAUUGUAUCGAAGAUGUCCAACGAGCAUCUGGACGCGUAUGUUCUCUCCGAGUCGAGCCUCUUCAUCUUCCCGACUCGCGCUGUUAUCAAGACUUGCGGAACCACCCGCUUGCUCAACGCUAUCCCGAAGCUCCUGAAGAUUGCUGACGAGGCCGGGCUCGAGCCCGCUCGCUGCCGGUACUCCCGAGGGACGUUCCUGUUUCCCGAUGCGCAGCCGUCCCCGCACAGGAGCUUCGACGAGGAGGUUGCGGUGCUCGAUGGUCACUUCGGCGGGCUCAAGCACCGCCGUGCGCAUGUGAUGGGUGACGUGCUCGGAAGCAGGAAGUGGCACGUUUAUGUGGCCGGGGAGUUGCCUGCUGCUGUGAUUAAGGUUGGUGUCGGUGCGGUUGCUGCUGGUUCGGCGGGUGGUUCGGUCGUGACUGUCGAGGUCUGCAUGACCGACCUGGGGCGUGCUGCAACAAAGUAUUUCUUUAAGAGCAACGGCUACGGCGAUGCGGCGGACGUGACGGCGCAGUCCGGGAUCGGCGAUCUCGUUCCGCACUCGCGCAUUGACGACUUCAACUUCGACCCGUGCGGCUACUCGAUGAACGGUCUGGAUGGUGAGGUCAUAUCGACGGUGCACAUCACUCCUGAGGAUGGGUUCAGCUACGCGAGCUUCGAAGUCAUGGGAUCUAUGGGUGUCGGUGCGAAGGGGCCUCUCUGGCAGGCGACCGGCGGCGAUCUCGGCGAGCUCGUCGCCAGGACUGCGCGAACCUUCCUGCCCGGACGCCUGACCGUCGCUGUGCACUCCAGCGAGGUCGCUGCUGAAGGCGCGGUCGGGGGCAAGACAUGGACCAACCUGAGCGCGCCACGUGGAUACGCCUGCGCCGGUUCCAGCUGCCACAUGCUACCCGGCGGCGCGGCCGUGUCGUACGUGUGCUUCGACUCCCUUGAGGUUGCCGGGUGCGGCGGCUCUCUGCGCGGGGAUCUGCUGCUGGGCAAUCUCCUUCCGUCGUUCGACUCUUUCAGGUCGGAGUCGUCUGAUUCCCUCGCGUCCCUCGGCUCCUCCGAUGAUGUCAUUGUGCUGGAAGAGGUUUUGGAGGAGAAGGCGUCGCCGCUUGCUAUGUCUCGCGCCGCCUCUGCCGCCGUCUCCGAGACGGAGAAGCUGUAUGGUGCCAAGGCGGCUGCCGUCGUUGCCGAUCUCGCGCCGUCUCUCAUCGGCGCGUCUCCCGCCGCGAUCGACGCUCACAUUCGCGCGUGCGUGUCCGACGGCCUCGACUCCGCCUUCUACGUCAUGGACGCCGGCGUCGCACUCCAGCUGCAUGCCACGUGGACGCAGCUGAUGCCACGUGUGCAACCCUUCUACGCCGUCAAGUGCAACCCCGACCCGGCGCUCCUCUCCCUGCUCGCAUCCGUCGGUGCAGGAUUCGAUGUGGCCAGUAAAGCCGAAAUGGAAAUGGUCGCCGCGGCUUGCGGCGGAUCCCUCCCGGACCCGUCGCGCAUCAUCUACGCCAACCCCUGCAAGCUCCCGGCGCACAUCCGCUUCGCGGCGGCGGCCGGCGUGAACAUGACGACGUUCGACUCGGUCACGGAGCUGCAGAAGCUGCGCCGCUGGAACCCUUCCGCGCAGGCGGUGCUGCGUGUGCGUGUGGACGACCCGGGCGCGCGCUGUCCCAUGGGGGUGAAGUACGGCGCGGAGGCGGAGGAGUGCCCGGAGCUGCUGGCGGCGGCGCAGGAGCUUGGCGUGGAGGUGGUGGGCGUGGCGUUCCACGUGGGCAGCGGAGCCAAGGACCCGCGCAUCUUUGGAGACGCGAUCGCGCUGGCUCGGGACAUUUUCAACGUGGCGGAGCAGCUGGGCAUGGCGCCGCUGUCGUUGCUGGACAUUGGAGGAGGGUUCACGUACGACGGGCUGCAGGAUGACGACUACGCGAACAAUGCUGCAGCGGAGGAUGGUGGUGCCGAUGGUGAGAUGUCGUUUCUGAAGGCGUGCUACUCCGUGAACGUGGCUCUCGCCAAGUAUUUCCCCGAGGAGAUGGGCGUGCGUGUUAUUGCCGAGCCCGGGCGCUUCUUCGCUGAAGCUCCGUUCACUCUUGCUGCCAAGGUCUUCGGCGUGCGCUCCCGCAACACCACCGCCAACAAGGCGGCAGCUUUUGCUGCCCUCACCAAGCACGCGUCUAGUUCCUCAUCUGCGGAAAACGUGUCUGCUGCCGUGCUAAGCGCUGCAGGGAAGGGUGCGGUGAUGGAGUACUGGAUUGACGAUGGCAUCUAUGGGUCCAUGAACUGCCUGCUGUACGACCAUGCUGUUAUCUCCGCUCGCCCUGUCAAGAUGGCUGCUGAGGGACAAGACGCGGCGGAGGAGGGGCAGCUCUGCCAGUCGACGGUGUUUGGGCCGACGUGCGAUGGCUUGGACACGAUUUUGAGGGAUGUGUGGCUGCCGCGCCUCGACCUGGAUGACUGGCUGGUGUUUGCCAAAAUGGGUGCCUACACCCAGGCAGCCGGGUCCAGCUUCAAUGGCUUUGCCACAUCUGACAUUGGAACAGUCCGGGUCUUCUCGUCGGCCUUCCCGGAGGGCCUUGCUGAGGCUGCUGCUCGCUUGCACGAUCGUGUGGCUGAUGCCCUUGCCUCGUCGGACAGUGAUGCUGCCAGCUCCUUCUCUGGGAGUGAUGAAGAGGAGGGUAGUGACUGGGACAGCAGCUAG